GGCGCCCGGGCGCAGGCGAGCGGGUGGAGCAGCGGACGGCGCCCAGGCCGCCUCACGCGCCGGGCUCGCGGCGGAGCGCGCCGGACUUGUCGGGGCCCGCGGCCGCCCGCGCCUUUCAAUGGGCAGCUCGCACUUGCUCAACAAGGGCCUGCCGCUCGUCAGACUUUGACCCGGCGCGGGCUUCGGUGGCCGCCGUGGACAGGAGCCUAGGAGCUUUGGUUCAAGACGAUUAAAGCCGUGGUGAGGACGCAGUGACAGGACGCAGUUCUGCCCUGGGAUUCUGAAGAUAGAGCGCGUUGAAAGGCGAAUUCAUGGUGGUGGAAGCUGAGCCCAUAUUAAGAGAUGUCAGGCGUCCGACCCCCGAUCAUGAACGGGCCCCUGCACCCCCGGCCCCUGGUGGCACUGCUGGACGGCCGGGACUGCACGGUGGAGAUGCCCAUCCUGAAGGACGUGGCCACGGUGGCCUUCUGUGACGCGCAGUCCACGCAGGAGAUCCACGAGAAGGUGCUGAACGAGGCCGUGGGGGCACUGAUGUAUCACACCAUCACACUGACCAGGGAGGACCUGGAGAAGUUCAAGGCCCUUCGGAUAAUCGUCCGAAUCGGUAGCGGUUUUGAUAACAUCGACAUCAAGUCGGCUGGGGAUUUAGGCUCGGGAUCCGUCUUUCCUCCGGGCCAGUCUGGGCUGUGCCACGUGGGCAUCCUUGUCAAGGCCCCCCAGGACCUGGUUCACUGUCCCGUGGCAGUUUUGUUCCCAAACCUGACAGAUGGUCCAGGUCUGAUCUCGCCCAGUGUCCCCUACACCCGCCCUGGACGUACUUCUCCUGGCAUCGCUGUCUGCAACGUGCCGGCCGCGUCCGUGGAGGAGACUGCCGACUCCACCAUGUGCCAUAUCCUCAACCUGUACCGCCGGACCACCUGGCUGCACCAGGCACUGCGGGAAGGCACACGGGUCCAGAGUGUCGAGCAGAUCCGGGAAGUGGCCUCCGGAGCCGCCAGGAUCCGCGGAGAGACCUUGGGCAUCAUUGGACUAGGCCGCGUAGGGCAGGCAGUGGCUCUGCGGGCCAAGGCCUUUGGCUUCAGCGUGCUCUUCUAUGACCCCUACCUGCCGGACGGCACAGAGCGGGCGCUGGGGCUGCAGCGCGUCAGCACCCUGCAGGACCUGCUCUUCCACAGCGACUGUGUGAGCCUGCACUGCGGCCUGAACGAGCACAACCACCACCUCGUCAACGACUUCACCGUCAAGCAGAUGAGACAAGGGGCCUUCCUGGUGAACACAGCCCGAGGCGGCCUGGUGGAUGAGAAGGCGCUCGCCCAGGCCCUGAAGGAGGGGCGGAUCCGUGGCGCAGCCCUGGAUGUGCACGAGUCGGAGCCCUUCAGCUUUAGCCAGGGCCCCCUGAAGGACGCACCCAACCUGAUCUGCACCCCGCACGCAGCCUGGUACAGCGAGCAGGCGUCCAUCGAGAUGCGCGAGGAGGCGGCUCGGGAGAUCCGCAGAGCCAUCACAGGCCGGAUCCCCGACAGCCUGAAGAACUGUGUGAACAAGGACCACCUGACGGCCGCCACCCACUGGGCCAGCAUGGACCCUGCUGUGGUGCACCCCGAGCUCAAUGGGGCCGCCUACAGCAGGUACCCUCCGGGUGUGGUGGGCGUGGCCCCCAGCGGCAUCCCGGCCGCCGUGGAGGGCCUCGUCCCUAGCGCCAUGUCCCUGUCGCACGGCCUGCCCCCCGUACCCCACCCACCCCAUGCGCCUUCUCCCGGCCAGACCGUCAAGCCCGAGGCGGAGAGAGACCACGCGAGUGACCAGUUGUAGCCCGGGCGGAGCGCUGCGCCCUCGGACAGGCGUGUGCGCCCUCAGCGGCCACGGCACUCCUGAGACUGUCCGGGCGCCGGGCCUGCGAGGUGGCCCGGCCUCCCCGCGUCGACUGUAGUUGUCCCGCCCCGAGGGGCCGCUGCCCUGUGUCCUUUGCGUCCUCGUUAAAGCAAAAGAAGUUAGUAGUUAAUUCUAUCAUGAAUGUUCCGUCUGUGUACAGUCCAGAGCGUUACAGAGGAUCUGUUUGCUUAGCUGUCGGCCGGCGGGAACCGGGGGCUCCGUCCAGCCGGCUUCACAGCGGUUCCCUCUGUGUGUGGAGCGCGCCCCUAGCAGGCAGUUGGCAAACUUCUCAGGACAAUGACUCCUUCCCUCUUUCUUUUCAUGCCACACAGUGCAUUGUUUUUUCUACCUGCUUGUCUUAUUUUUAGAAUAAUUUAGAAAAACAAAACAAAGGCUGUUUUUCCUAAUUUUGGCAUGAACCCCCUUGUUCCAAACGAAGGCGGCCUCGCGAGGCGGCUGGAGAGGAGAGCGCGGGGCCGUGGCGUCUGUCCCUGAGCCGCGAGGGCGCAGCGCCCGGCCCACGGGUGCCGUCCUGCUGAUGUGGUAGCUAGCAAUAUUUUGGUUAAAAUCAUGUUUGUGACUGUAACCAUUUGUAUGAAUUAUUUUAAAGAAAUAAAAAUCCCAGAAAGA